AUGGCGUUCGGGAGGUUUUGUGAUCCUGCUAAUUUGUCUGCGAACGAAUUGGUUGGGGUUGCAAAUAAUGCUCUUUCAGUAAUAAAUGUGGACCCCUAUAUACGGAGUAUCCACGAUAUUACUCCUACAUUUGUUCUUGAUCUCUCAGUUGUUUUGUUCGGCAGCGAUGUUUUACCAUGUCCCGACUCUGUAGAUGCAGAUUGUGUUGAAAACUUUGAGGCUGUUGUGUCAAAAUUAUCCCAUGAGAUAGGAGAAGAUCUUGAUCACAUCCUUCCAGAGGAGCUUAUGGUUGGGGAACCUCAAGCCUUGUUUGACUUUCUCGUCCUUUUGUGUGCAUUUAUUGUAUAUUGUGGCGAAAUGGAUUUAUUAAAGUUGCAUGGGUUGGGAAGUGAGUCCCAUUCCUUUACCCAUGUUGUUUACUUACCUACUGACCUUAAGUUAGAUUUGGAGACCAAGGAAUAUCCGGAAUUUCAGUUGUCUACGUCCCCUGAAUUACCACGUCAUAGUGUUGUCUGUGCACCUACUACACUUUCAUCAUCUUUUCAUCAGUCCGAUCGAUUUAUGGAACAGAGUACACCACUGAAGCGAACUCCAGCAUCUUUUCAAACUAGAAACUCCCUUCAUCCCGGUGAUAGCAUGAAUUCUUUGCUAAAAACAAAUUUAUUUACUUUUCAACCUGACAAUAUGAAAACGAAUCACCCUAUUGCCUCCUGUCUUCCCAGUCUACUGGAUAUGCAUGCAAACUCAUCCCCACCUGCAACGCCAAAUGCUAUGAAUGCCUACUUAGAAAUUUCCCCUUCCAAUUCUCCUGAUGCAGUUGUACCUAGUUUAAAGAAUUCUCCAAACAUUCAACAGCAGGUUAUCCGUAGUUCUUCAGUUGAUAAAUUUGAAGAAACAAAUAAACCUACUUCUCCUGUAACUGAUUCAUUGAAAGAAGACCUUUUGGAAGCAAAAAUUCAAUAA